AUGGUUAAAGACCCGUCGGAAAACAAUACAGAUUUGAUGAUAAGAAUCUCAGAAGGCGAAUUUAUGGCUCAGAAAGUCAACACAAAUAGAAUUCCAUCAUCUUCAUAUGCUGCAACUAAUAAAGUUCGUGAUGAGUUCCUUGGUUGUAUCCAUAUCAUCAAGCAUGCUAUAGUUGCAGAAUUGAACUUGCUGAACUCAUAUUAUAACUAA